AAUCUUUUUCUAUUGUUAAAUCAAUUUAAUUAUAUCAUCAUCACAUUUAUUUCAGUUCACAGCUAAUUUGCUCAUUCUGAGCCAGGACAGGUAAACAGUUUCGUCACCACCCAACCUCGGAGGUCGUCACAGCUUCAAGCGACAUCUUUGUGUGUAGAGUCCACCACAUUGACGUCUGGAUCUCUCUGUCAUCUAGGACGCCGACCAUGACAGAAGACGAAGCAUACCGCACAUCUACGCAAUAUCGACUAUGGUCCUUUACGCCUGAAGCGCUCGCUUCUCUGCGAUCCACGACGAAUGCGCUUGCUGCGGAUCGAGUGCGAAUCGCGAUAAAGCGGACGCGGGAGGCCAAAGCAUUGUCUACAGACACUGGCAGCGGCAGCACCAGCGAGACCGAGACAGCAGCAACAGCGGCAGCCAAGCAGCAAAAUGGAAGAGGAGAAUCAAAUGGAACAGCAACACCUUCUUUCAACAAGGAAGCCGACCAGGAAAUCGAAUGCCUGACGGUCGAAGAAGAACAGAAGCUGAUCGGCUUCUACUGCGUGCGCGCAAUGGAGUUGUCGGACUUUUGCAACUUUCCUACCAACGUCAAGGCAACCGCCGUGCAAUUCCUCAAACGGUUCUACCUCUCCAACUCCCCAAUGACAUACCACCCGAAAUCCAUCAUGCCGUCGGCAGUCUUCCUCGCCACCAAGACCGAAAACCACUAUACCUCGCUGCGCAGCUUCUCCUCGAAACUCGGAUCGAAAGUUACCCCGGACGAUGUGAUUGCGCCGGAGUACCUCGUCACCCAGGGCCUGCGGUUCACAUUUGACGUGCGGCACCCGCUGCGCGGACUGGAGGGGGGCUUCAUGGAACUGCUCGCGUUGGCAGAAGGCAAGGGUGUUCCGCUGGCGGGGCGAGGGGAGCGACGGAGCCCGCAGGAACUACAAGCCGAGAUGCAGAGACAGGUUGGGGCGGAGAACGCGGCGGGUCUGACGGUCCGGAUACGCACAGCGCAUGGCAAGGCCAAGGAGAUACUGAAGACGGCGGCGGUGUUGACGGAUGCGUAUUUCCUGUACACGCCGUCGCAGAUCUGGCUGGCGACGCUGCUGCGCGUGGAUGAACCGCUGGCGAUGUAUUAUAUCGAUACCAAGUUUCCUUUGGCGAUUACUGCUAGUAGCGGUAGCGGAGUCCAGGGUGGUGGUGGUGGUGAUGAUGGUACAUCGAUGACGAUGAAUGCGGUGGUGGCGGAACUCAAGGCGAAGCUGGUGACUACGCUACGUGCGUGCGCGACGCUGCUGGCGUCUACGACUGCGACGGUGUCUCCGUCCAAGGAGGAGUUUGCGGAGCUCAAGCGCAUUGACAAGAAGCUGUAUGCGUGUCGGAAUCCGGAGAAGAUUGAUAUAGCGGGUCUGAGUCGAGGGCCGAAAAGAGAGGGUGCGAGUUCAGAAGAGGAGCAGGCGGCGAAGAAGAGAAAGUUCGAAAGGGAAAAGGCAGAUCAAGAGGCAGCGGACGUAUUCGGGCCAGAGUUGAAAAAGUGAUAUCCCUUGAGCGAAAGUAAAUCUAUCGAGCAUGACAUGCAUGGCGUUGGCGUACUUGGGGCACGAAUAAUGGAGUUUUCACAUAAUAAAAGCAGACUUUUGCGGAC